AUGAAAUUAGUUUCGGCCACUAGUGAUCGAUUCGACAACGACGCAUCCAAGAACGAACGCCAACGCCAAAAGAAUCGUAUGCACCAGGCAAGCUACAAGAUGAGGCAGCGCAAACUUGUGGCGGGUCUCGAAGACUCUUUAAAAAAGCUGAAAGAAGAAAUUCCAGAGCUCGAAUCUCAGCAGCGGGUAUUAUCGUACGGUCAAACAAACGCUACGAUCUGGAGUAUUGCCGCCGAAUAUUUCCGUCUUUUUCGCCACGGUGUUAAGCAUUCAGUAGUCUCUACCACAGGGAAGGAAUCAUUGCUCACUUACAAGACGCCUAAGUCCAGCCAGUUCCAAGCGCAAUGGCACUUUAUGGAAACGGCGAUGGCACAUGACAUCUGCAAUGGUGUGGUGUCCGGUAUUCAAGCACUGAUGGACAACCUCAUAUUUCUUUCCAAGUGCUACGAAGAAUUCGAUCUGCGGCCUCUGCGCAUGGACAAUGUGUCAGAAAACGUGCUCAACGUCACCACUCGCUGUGAGAUAGAUCAUCAUUACCGAAAACACACUGCGCUAUGGAUUUCCCGACUUGGUCAAGAACGGAAAACAUUCCUCGCUUGCUGGUAA